GGAAUUAAAGGCCAAAAAAUGAAAUUAACUCGUGAAAAUUUUCGUGCGAUCAUUUUUCACAACUUUCGACGUGGAUUAUCACGACAAGAGUGCAUCGAUGAACUAAAAUCUUUGUAUGGCUAUGAAGCACCAUCCUAUAGCAAUGUGAAAAACUGGUACAACGAAUUCAAUCGUGGCAGACGCUCGCUCAAAGACGAAUUCCGUGAAGGUCGUCCAAAAACAGCCGUUGUGUCAGAAAACAUCGAUGCCGUACGUGAACUGAUAAUGCAAGACCGUCAUGUAACAUACCUUCAGAUAGAGGCAUGCCUAUGCAUUUCUCCCACCAGCAUACAUUCGAUAUUGCAUGAACACCUGGCCGUAAAAAAGGUUUGUUCUCGUUGGAUCCCGCACAAUUUGACAAUCGCUCAAAAAAAGGCUCGUGUGGAUUGGUGUAAAGAAAUGCUGAAAAAAUACGAUCGCGGUGCUUCAAAAGACGUUUAUAAGAUCGUCACAGGUGACGAAUCAUGGAUCUAUGCGUAUGAGCCCGAAACAAAACAGCAAUCGACCGUGUGGGUCUUCCAAGACGAGCCAAAUCCAACGAAAGUUGUUCGUGGAAGCAGCACUUCGAAGCAAAUGGUCGCCUGUUUCUUCGGCAAAACUGGUUAUGUGGCGACUGUUCCGCUUGAGCAACGUAGGACGGUCAACUCUGAGUGGUACACCACCAUUUGUUUGCCUGAAGUCUUCGGAGAAAUUCGAAAAACGAACAAGAGAAGAAGAAUCAUUGUGCACCAUGACAAUGCGAGCUCUUACACAUCGGCUCAAACCAGCGCCUUUUUGACCGGCCAAAACGUCGAAUUGAUGGGUCAUCCGCCGUACAGCCCUGACUUGGCACCCAAUGACUUCUUUUUAUUCCCACACAUCAAGAAAAUAAUGCGUGGUCAACGAUUUUCGUCGCCAGAAGAUGCUAUUGAAGCAUUCAAAACCCAUGUUUUGGAGGUGUCUCAAUCGGAGUGGAAAAAGUGCUUAGAAAAUUGGUUUGAGCGCAUGCAAAAGUGUAUAAAUCUUGAUGGAGAAUAUUUUGAAAAACAAUAAAACCAUUUUCGUUGAUAAAUAUUCGUAUUUUCAUUAUUAGGCCAGAAAUAUAUAUAGCAGCCCUCGUACUAUUGGUGGGUGAUAUGUGCGGUGAUUAGUUUUCCGAAGUUUUCUCUUUACACAGAAACCAACAGCAAAAACUGGAAAAUCAUACGUAUGGUUGGAUUCGAAUAUUAUGACAAGUACUAAUGUAUACAGCGCACACUUUAUUUGCCUUCUGAGCUCUUGCUAUUUAGUUGUUACCAUUCCUUGAAAUCGGCUAACACUUUCGCCGUGUAUUCUUCAAUUUAUUUUUAUAAUUAAUGAUUAUUUGGCCUGGUUAGAAGUAUGUUUUUUUUUUGGUUUGGCUUAGGUGUGACGGAAGUAUAGUCUUGGCUAAAGAGAAGUUUUUACAAAAACUUCCAGCUAUGGUAUUACUAUUUAACACACGAAAUAAGAAACAGUCAUACAAUUUUUAAAUGAGGUAUGUUUUCCUUUAUCAUGCCAACCAACCCAUUUGUCGAAGAACCUGCUAAAAAGCAUAUAUUGCACAUGUCAACCUUAUUCAAUUUGCCUUGUGAUGGUUUUUAAACGUUGACCUUAAAACACCAUACAGAAAUCAAAAAUUGUGCCAAAGAGAAGUCGCUCCUCCAUUCACCCUGUUGAAGUAUAAUAUCAAAAUGCAUUAUAUACAUAUCUAUGUACAUCCCAUACUACUAUUUCGAAGGCUUCCGGGACACAUAGAAUUUUCCGCAGCUCACUUUGCUUUUACAGCGGCAACAUAUUUUCUUGCUUGGAGUAAAUCUUAUUUUAACGCAUGCGCGAAUAAAGUAAUUUAACUUUAUUUAAACAGCAAAUAUUUUGGUGUGUGGGUUGAGAUUUUAUACAAAAAAGAGUAUUUACACACAAGUAGUAGGCUGCGUUUUUGUCGAACUAUAAUUUGACAGUUGAACUUCGAAUAUUUCCCUUCUGUUCCUUUUAGAUGAGAGAAUCUUUCCUUCUCUUAAAUGAAGAACACGAGCUCAUUUGAGUCUAGUUUCGGAGCGUGCCGUAGCUGCUGGGUGUACAGUCGGAAUGUGAGCACGUCACGGAGCACUUCUUAUUUUGUGGCAGGAGAAAUGUUUUCCUGUUGUCGUGCUAGUUCGAAAAAUUCGAAUCUACCAAAAAAAGUAAAAAAUAAAAAAGUUGAUGCGUUAAUCCAAAAUCAAAAUGCGGAAGGUGGAAGCGGCGAGGAUCAGAAGCGAAUAAUUCCAACGAUAAAAAUCGAGAAGGGCAAAGCGAAUGACUUUGAAACCGAAAACCAUUCAUUUUCUCUAAAUGGAAAAGAAUGCGAAAGUGUACUUGAAAAUUCUGCAGCAGAUAAUAGGAUGUGUGAUGGCAUAGCAAAAGCUGGUACAACACAAUCCGAAACAGCAGAUAUUGCAGCUAAUACGCAGCUAAGGAACGAAAAUGUUGGGAAUGACCAAAGCGAUGUAGAAACUAGAUUGAAUCAAAAAACGAAAACUGAUUAUAGUUGUACAACAACUACGAAUGAAAUAUUAUCUGAAAACUGCGGAAAGUUAGACGACAUAGAAACAACAGUUUUGAAACUUAAUGACGAAACUAUAGCAGGCACCACACCAGUUAAGAGUUGUCUUUCACGACACAAUUCGAUUCACACAUCCAUAAAGAAGAAGGUUAAUAUCAGUACACAAGCAGAAAUAAUAGAACCGGAUCCUGUUCCUCAAUCCCCACACGAACCCGUUUCAUCAACUGUGGAUGAUGACGAUGUUUUUUCCGAUUCACUGCCACCGCCAAAACGCGAAAGUAUGUGUGCGCCGUAUAUUGAACAAAGUGAGGUUCCAGAAUUAGUGGCAUAUGCUCAUGGGCUUCCCGAAUGGUUCAAUGAUGAAAGGAUUAAUGAAAUUGGUUGCAUUGAGCCACCUGUUACGCCUGUUGGUCGUGAUGAGCUUGAAUUGAGGCGACAGCGUCUGUAUACAGACCUAUUGCGUGCAGCGCAUGCAGCUGUAGAGCAUAACGUACGCUUUACCCCGUUUGCAACAAAUAUAACUGGGGAUGUGACUAGCAGAAUAAGUGGAAGCGUUAGAGAUUGUGAUCCGGAUUUAAAACCAUCCGUUGCUGAAAAUCUUGAGAAUUUGGUAAAUCGUUUAGAGCAAUUAGUUGAGCGUUUGGAACGUUCGAUCUCAGCACGUGAGCUAGAAAUUGCAAAUCGCACAAUUGAUGCAGUUCGAACGAAAAAGCGAGAAAGUUUCAACUUAGAGAGUGCCGAAUUACUUACAGCGUCGCUUACUGAACAAUUGCCACUACAGACGGAAAGCAUAAAUAAUCGAAUAGAAAAAUUGGAGCGUUCAUUAAAUCAAAUAAACGAACGACACAGCAGCAGUUUGAGUACGAGCAAUAGCCAGUGCAGUCAACAACUCAGAGAACAACAGGAGCACCAACAACAAAAAGGGGAGGGUAGCCUUGAAAAUAUACCAACAGUGCUUGAAGAUUAUCAAGUGUCCACUUCUCAGCUAGUCUCCGAAGGAGAGCAAUAUUCGCAGUUAAAGCCGCCGCCCGAAAUGAGUGUACUAGGCUUCCAGGAUAUUAUCAGUGGUCCGUUAAAUCAAUAUUUAGCGCUUUCUGAGAAAAUCGGUGGCGACGUUGCAAAACAUGCGCAUUUAGUAAAAUUAGCAUUUGAUGCUCAAUCGCAGUAUGUUACGUUAGCCAGUCAAUGUUCUCAACCUAACCAAGAGAAGCAAAUGGAGUUGCUAAAGCCCACUUCUGUGCAAAUUAGUGCUAUUCAGGACUAUCGUGAGAAGAAUCGAGGAUCUGCGUUUUUUAACCAUUUAUCGGCUAUUAGCGAAAGUAUUCCAGCUUUAGGAUGGGUAUGCGUGUCACCUACACCUGGACCGCAUGUGAAAGAAAUGAAUGAUGCCGGCCAAUUUUAUACAAAUCGGGUGUUGAAAGAGUGGAGAGAUAAAGAUUCAACUCACGUAGAGUGGGCAAGAGCAUGGAUCCAAACAUUAACUGAAUUGCAAUCAUAUAUAAAGCAGUAUCAUACCACUGGUCUAGUAUGGUCUGGUAAAGGUGCGGCACCAGUUCGAGGUACUGCACCUCCACCACCACCAAUGGGUGCUUGCCCACCACCACCACCACCGCCAACAUUCGAUAUUGGAGGAAUGUCAUUAGAAGAUGGUGGUGCAGAUGAUCGCAGUGCUCUAUUUGCUGAAAUUAAUCAAGGCGAGGCUAUCACAAAAAAUCUAAAGAAGGUCACUGCGGACAUGCAAACUCACAAGAAUACAACAUUGCGCACUGGUCCAGCUCCAUUUAAGACACCAACUCAGUUCGGUUCAUCGUCUGGUGGUUCUUGUACUACUACCGCUGUUACAAAAGAACCAGUAUUCACACGUGAUGGAAAAAAAUGGUUAAUUGAAUAUCAACGCAACAAUCGCAAUUUGUUAGUGGAGAAUGCGGAAAUGAACAAUGUGGUAUAUGUGUAUAAAUGUGAAGGUUCAACUUUAACUGUUAAGGGCAAAGUAAACAACGUUGUCUUAGACUCAUGUAAAAAGUGCUCUUUACUAUUUGAUUCAGUUGUCGCGUCAGUAGAAUUCGUAAAUUGUCAAAGUGUCCAAAUGCAGGUUCUUGGUUUCGUACCAACUAUAUCAAUUGAUAAAACUGAUGGCUGUCAAAUGUAUUUAUCUAAUGAAUCACUCGGUGUGGAAAUUGUAAGCUCAAAGUCUUCCGAAAUGAAUGUUAUGCUUCCUCAAGCCAGUGGUGAUUAUAUUGAAUUGGCUUUGCCGGAACAGUUCAAGACUACUAUUUCGGGACAAUCACUGAAAACUAUUUGCGUGGAAAGUCUUGGUUAAACUCAUUUAAUGCCCUAGAUGGAUUCAAAACGCCAAAAAAUUAUCGAAGGCAGAUGCAAUGGAGUAUUUACAGAAAACUUAACAUACAUAUUUACAGAAAAUCAUUUUGCUACUCCAAUUCACUUUUUAUAUAAGUAAUUUAUACUAUGAAACAUCGGUGUUAACACACAGGUUUUAUCAAAAACAAACAAAAAAAUACUAAAAAAACUUUUUAAGAUUACAGUCGUUUAGUACCAAUUAGGCGUAUUGCAACAACAAAUAAGUUUUUAUCGCCUGUUUUUGUAAAGUGGAAAUUAAUACUACUAAAUUUAUAUUUAUAGUUGGGUUAUUUAUUUAUCACACAGUAACAUCAAAAAUGAUAAUUUUGAAUUAAUUUCUAAAUUUCAUUAAUAUAUCUUAAUACAAGUAUUUAAUAAGUAACGCAAAUAAAAGCAAUUUAUAUUACCAGUUUACAAAGCAAGUUAUAUAAUUUUUUUUUUUUGUAAUUUUGAAAGCUAGGGUAAUUAAAAAGUAAAGAUAUGCGAAAUUAAUAUAAUUAUAUUAAAUUUUAUGCAUCGGUAAUUAAAUAAAUUCAAAUUUAUACAGAA